CCGUCUGCCGCCGCUCGUUCCGUUGCUGCGAAAUCUGAGAGAGCGCCUUCUGUGGCCGCGCGGUCGGUGAGAGAACCGUCCGUCGUCGCGCCUUCGGUGAAGGAACCCUCAAGAUAUGCCCCCUCGGUGAAGGAGCCGUCCAUUGCGGCUUCCUCGGUCAAAGAACCUUCCGAGAUUGGACCCUCAGUCAGGGAGCCUUCCAUUGUUGCCCCUUCAGUCAAGGAACCAUCGGUUGUCGCCCCUUCAAUCAGGGAGCCCUCCAUCCGGGCACCCUCGGUCUUCGCACCAUCCGUAGCGACUCCCUCUAUCGUCGCGCCCUCC